AUGGCACCUGCGGCUAGCGAGCUCCCAAGACUAUAUUUGAAUGACAAUUUUCAUGAAAAAUAUAAACAUGUUGGCGAUUCAGAUGAACAUCCAGGGAAAUCCCACUUGGUCGAGGCCAGAGCUGCGUCCAGGCAGCUUGUGUUUGAUAUCUUGAAGCAAAAGGCCGCCACUGUCGACGUCCAGACCUGCUAUCCGGGAGAGGAAGAUCCGUUCUACGUCGCCGAUCUAGGAGAAAUUUAUCGCCAGCACAUUCGCUGGAAGACCAAUCUCCCCCGCGUCAAGCCUUUCUACGCUGUGAAAUGCAACCCGAAUCCUAUGGUCCUCCGUCUCAUGGCCGUUUUGGGUAAUGGUUUCGACUGUGCAUCCAAAGCUGAGAUUGACCUUGCUCUCGCCGCCGGUGUUGAUCCAACUCGCAUCAUCUAUGCUCAUCCGUGCAAGACCAAGUCCUACCUCCGCUAUGCCUCUCAGGUUGGCGUCAAGCAGAUGACGUUUGACAACACCGAUGAGCUCUACAAGAUCAAAUCCAUGUGCCCAGACGCUGAACUCUACUUGCGUAUCUUGACCGAUGACUCUGCCAGCUUGUGUCGUCUGAGCAUGAAGUUUGGUGCCUCGCUCUCCUCGGCUCGCCCGCUCCUCGAACUAGCUCACGAACUGGGCCUUAAUGUCGUCGGGGUCAGCUUCCAUGUCGGCUCCGGAGCAGAGGACCCCAAGUCAUUUAUCAAAGCCGUUCAGGAUGCUCGCUUCGUUUUUGACCGUGCGGCUGAAAUCGGAUUUGAUCUGAAAGUUCUCGAUGUCGGAGGUGGAUUCUCGGAUGACACCUUUGAACCAUUCGCUGCUGCCCUCGGCGAGGCGUUGGAUACUUACUUCCCGCCGCAUAUUCGAGUCAUCGCCGAGCCAGGACGCUACUACGUUGCCACUGCGUUUACUCUGGCUGCCAAUGUCAUCGCACGUCGCGACGUUGGAUCCGAGGAACAGCUUUCCGACUCUGAAUCUGACUCCACGAGCCCAACCCGCGCAGCCACCCCGGCUUCAAACGGAAUGUACAUGAUCUACCUCAACGACGGCGUGUACGGCAACUUCUCCAAUAUCGUCUUUGAUCACCAGCACCCAGUCGCACAGAUCCUCACUAAAGACGAUGCCUAUACCUCCGCACCGAUCCAGUACUCUAUCUGGGGCCCAACCUGUGACGGCAUUGAUGUCAUUAGUGAGAGUGUCACCCUGAAUGGCCUGCUUGGCGUGGGCAACUGGCUCUACUUUGAGAAUAUGGGCGCGUACACUCAGUGCAGUGCUACCCGCUUUAAUGGGUUCACCGACCAGCAUGAGGUUAUCUAUAUCAUCACCGAGCCUGGCGCGGCUGCACUUCUAGGCUACUGA